GAGUAAUUGAACGCACCUUAGCCCUGUGCGAGCCUGCUGCCAUCUGCUGGCGCUUCUCGUGGGAAAAUUCUAGAAUCGACGCUGAACACGCCGGCACGCCGGAUUUUGUGGUGCUCUUCGAUCGCCAUUCACUGAUCGUUCUUGCGCGUCGUGCUUCUCUUGUUUCGCGUUUGAAGAGAGAAACGUCGAGCUUUUUUCCAGGAUGACGGAGGGCGACGAGCAGAAACCAACAGCCCCCACGGGUGACCAGACCCCCGCCGCAAAUCCGAACGCCGUUGAUAUUUCGCCCAAGCAGGACGGCGGCGUGCUCAAAGAGAUCAUCAAGCCGGGAGUCGGCGAAGAUACUCCACAGGAGUCAAACACCGUCUAUGUUCACUACACCGGGAAGCUACUCGACGGCACCGUAUUUGAUUCCAGCCGCACAAGGGGCGAGAAAUUCGAGUUUGUCCUCGGCAAAGGAAAUGUAAUCAAAGCAUGGGACAUUGGCGUGGCAACGAUGAAGAAAGGAGAGGUGGCCAUCCUGACGUGCAGCUCCGAGUACGCCUACGGCAAGCGGGGUAGCCCUCCCAAGAUCCCUGCUGACGCGACACUGAUAUUCGAGGUGGAGCUGUUCGACUGGAAGCUGGAGGACAUCAGCCCGGACAGCGACGGCAGCAUUCAGCGCAAGAUCAUCACAGCGGGAGAGCUGUACACCACCCCCAAGACGCACGCCGAGGUCAAAGUGCACCUCCUGGGAAGGCACGAGGGGCGAGUCUUCGAGGACCGUGAGCUGAGCUUCGUCAUUGGUGAGGGCUCCGAGCACGGCGUUGUGCGGGGCGUGGAGACCGGGCUGCAGAAGUUCAAGAAAGGCGAGAAGUCCCUGCUCCGCAUCGCACCAAGCUUUGCCUUCGGCGCGGAAGGCAGCAGCCAGUUGGGUGUGCCCCCCAACGCAAACGUCGAGUACGAAGUGACUCUCAAGAGCUUUGAAAACGCCAAAGAAUCCUGGGAGAUGGACACAGACGAGAAGAUUGAGCAGGCGGACCUUGCCAAGAACAAGGGCACGCUAUUCCUCAAGGCGGAGAAGUACCAGUUGGCCCUGGACAAGUACAAGCGUGCGGUGGACCUGCUGGAGCACGAGGACACCCUGGAGGGGGAGAAGAAGGCCAGGAGGGACGCAGUGAUGCUAGCCAACUACCUCAACGUCUCCCUGUGCCACCUGCGGCUCAAGGACACCAUGGAGGUCAUCAAGGCGUGCAACAAGGCGCUCGAGUUGGACCCCCGCAGCGAGAAGGCCCUCUUCCGCAGGGGACAGGCCCACAUGACCAACAAGGACUUUGACGAGGCACGGAGUGACUUCGAGCAGGUCCUGCAGAUUGACGCGAACAACAAGGCGGCCAAGAACCAGCUGACCGUGUGUGCGGCCAAGCAGAAAGAGCAGCUCCAGAGGGAGCGUCAGAUGUACAAGAACAUGUUCGAGCGCAUGGCGGCCAAGGACGCGCCCAAAACGUCCCCGGCGGUGAUCAAGCCACCGAGCUCCGAGGAACCCCUGGAGCCGGGCGUGUGGAACAAGUCAUCCGAAGAGAACAACCAGGAACCAUCUUCUCCGGAAGAGUCAAAAACAGCCGAAGCCGAAGUACCGCCGGAAUCCGUCCCAACGUCUGCUUAGAUCCCCCCCUCCCCCCACCCCCCCCCCCCCCUCUACCGUUCCAACCAAAAUUUUUCUUUGUUUCGUGAUGCUCUCUUUUCUCCCAGUCACGACUGCAAAAUUAUUUCAAACCCUUCGCAUCUUUUUUUUUUUUUUUGUAAAGGGCCAAUGGCGAGAGUUUCUCUAAGGCAGUUCAGAUUUCAUUCCUUUUGUGCAAGCCAUGUUGUAUUACAAAAAAAAAAAAAAAAAUUGUUAUAUUUUUUUUUUUCUGUGCCUGUCUACGUUUUUGAAUAAAUAUCUCGUGAACUGUCA